AUGAUUGAGAACGUAGGAGCUAGAUAUCCGCACAUGAAGCAGCUCUUCAAGGAAGCUCUCGAGCACGUAGAGGGCAUUGAGGAGCAACGAGGAUCCGUGGCGGUCGUCCCUAGCAUCCAUGGCCAAGACACGGACGAAGAAGGGGAUCAAGGCAUGUCUUCGUCGUCUGAGAGCACAGCGAAUCAUAACGAGGAGCACUCAAGUGCACGGGCCAAAGGCGGGCUUGACGUGGAGGACGCAAAGGUCAUUUUCUGUGCGAUGCCUUCGGGGAAACGGAAAGUCACCAGGACGAGCAAGCUGUUGGGAGCGAAGUAUGGGGUGAGCCCAAAGACUAUCCGAGACAUCUGGAACAAACGGACUUGGGUGCAUGCGACUGUGAGCUUCUGGACCAAGGAAGAGCAGAUGUCACACUCCAAGGUGCUUUGCGACAACUGUUCCAUGUCUGUGGGAACAGCGUGCCUGAUGAACGGGCAGUGUGCCUGUCGCAAGAAGCUCGGCCGACCAUCGGGAGCAAGAGAUAGAAAACCUCGCAAACGACGAGGCUUGGGAUUCUCUGGAAUCUCUUCCAGUUGA